AUGGAUGGCCCUUCACUGUGGAAGUCCCCCUGUGCCUUGCUGAGGGACGGUGUUGAUUGUGGGGGCAGGAGUUUUUGGAGGUGCGGGCUGAAGAACAGGUUCAUUCCUGAGCUGGGGAGUCUCCAGCCGGUCUGUCUAUCUCUGCCCCCCGGCUGUGAAGAUUCCCGCGUGCGUAGAGCGAUGCUGAACCCCGCGGUCUCCGGGAAGCGCUGUCCUCCGGGCGAGCUCACUCUCGCCAUGAGCACCUCCGCCGAGGACGGUCCUGAGCUGAGCCCCCCGAGUCCCCAACCUGCCCCCAGCGCCCCGUCCGAGCCGGACCGGACCCCCGCUCGCGAUGAGGAGGAAGAGGAGGACGGAGAGGAGGAAGAGGGCAGCGUCGGUCCGGACCUGGACCCGGAGCUAGCGGGAGUUUCUGACCCGGAGUGGGUGGAGGAGCGGUUCCGGAUCGACCGGAGGAAGCUGGAGUGCAUGCUGCACGCCCCUAAAGACGAGAACGGUCUGACAGGAGAGGAGUUCUUUGACAGGGUGAUGAGGGAAACUAACACCCAGAUUAAAUGGCCGUCGAAGCUGAAAAUCGGGGCCAAGUCGAAGAAAGACCCUCACGUGAAGGUGGAGGGGAAGCAGGUCAACGUGCGCGAGGCCAAGAGGAAGAUCUUAGACCUGCUGGAGACCAAGGUGAACAAAGUGACACUGAAGAUGGAUGUGACACACACGGAGCACUCCCACGUCAUUGGGAAAGGCGGCGGGAACAUUAAGAAGGUCAUGGAGGUGACGGAGUGUCACAUUCACUUCCCAGACUCCAACCGCCAUAGUGUCACCGGGGAGAAGAGCAACCAGGUACUGUCACCCAGCAACCAGGUGUCCAUCGCUGGGCCUGUCCUUGGAGUGGAGUCUGCGCGGACCAGAAUACGAGACCUUCAGCCCCUGGUCCUGACCUUUGACCUGCCGGGGGCGCUGGUCCCCCAGGCCCCCCUGGACGCGGGGUCCCCGGUCAUCCAGCACGUGGCGCACGCGUUCGGCGUCAGCAUCAGCUUCCGCCAGCAGCCCAAGUUCUACAGCAGCACCUGCCAAGUGCGCGGCCUGCAGGGGAACUCCGCUUCGGUCAAAAAGGCCACCAGUGUGCUGGCGGAGCUCCUCCUGGGGGCGGAGAACAGUGUGACGGUCAGCACCCAGUUGGACAUCACCUCCCAGCAGCACCUGUUCCUGCUGGGGCAGAACGGGGCCAACUUCCUGAACGUGAUGCACCUGACCCAAACGCAGAUCCUGCUGCCCGACCUCAACGCGCCCCACGGCUCCGCCCCGCUCACCAUCCAGGGGAGCUCUGAUGGAGUGUGCCUCGCCCGACAGCAGCUCCUGGACUGUCUGCCCGUGUGCCUGAUGUUUGACAUGCGGGAGGAUGGCGAGUCGGACCCGCGCAAGCUCAGCCAGAUGAUGCAGAACCUGGGCGUCUUCAUCAGCGUCAAGCCAAAGGUCAAACAGACUGCCAAGUCGGUGGUGGUGAAGAGUCUGGAGAGGAACGUGGCGAAUCUGUACGAGGCCCGGAGGCUGCUCCUCGGGGCGGGCGUGGCCGAGAAGAGCCCCUGUGACGCUCCUCCAGCCGCCAACGGCCUCACUGCCUAUUGGCUGAACCUGCUGAUGCAGCAGCUCCGCCUCUCUGAGCCAGGUGCUGCCUCCAUACCUGAAGCACUGGUGGCUUCUCUGCUCCAAGCCAAGCCCCGCCCAUCUCCACCCCCAGGGCUGUCUGGGCACCAAGAGGAGGGCAAGUCUACUCUGAGGGGAGGUGACAGCAGACUGGAGCAGAUCCCAGAGAACGAAGAUCCGUCCCUCUCCCCCGAGACUCAAAACCCGCCGGCCCAGGGCGCAGAGGUCAGAGGGAGCGCCGCCAGUUUGAGCCGGCGGAACAGCCAAUCGGAGGCCGGCAGAGACCAGAACCAGGAAGGCAUUGGGGCGUCCUCGUGGCAUUCAGCUAUGGUUCAGAACUGCAGCCAUCUAAUGUUCGGCCGAGACGUGGGCAGAGUCAACAUAAAGAGGAGGAACAGCUUGAUGCCAGAGAUCAUUCAGACCCUGGAGCCCGGCUUGGAGUCUGACCACAGUGAGGACUACGAGAAGAAGAAGCUUAUGGCAACUAAAGCAAUGCUGAAAAAACCAGUGGUGACGGAGGUCCGGACUCCCACGGAUACCUGGAGUGGACUGGGCUUCUCCAAGUCUAUGCCCAGUGAGGCCAUCAAGGAGCUACGCUGCGUCAGCCGUCGAAGCUACAAGUCUUACCUGGGUGGAGCUGGCCAACAGGUAUCGUUUGAUCCUCACCAGGGCAGAGACGGCCAACAGACGUGGAUUUCUCAGAGCAAAGAUCGGGCUUUUAACGGGAGCGACUCUGAGAACUGGCGAGAGAGGCGAGGAUCUUCCUCCUCGGUGUCCCCAGCGUCGUCCUCUCCAUCGUCAUCCUCUCCCUCCUCCUCAUCGUCAACAUCGUCUUCCUCCUCGUCCUGCUCCUCCUCCUCCUCCUCCACCUCGCAGGGCUUUGGGUCCGCUGGCACCCAAGGUCGUGUGGAGAGGCCCUCAGAGGCGUAUCUCAGCAACAGCAACUACUUUGAGGGCGUGUCCACAGCCGGCAGGGCGGGGAGCAGCUGCCCCUCAAGCUCCGCCUACCAGCACAUUUCUGACCUAUCAGAGCUCUUCAGCCAGCUGGGCCUGGGCAAAUACAUGGACAUCUUCCAGCAGCAGGAGAUCGACUUCCAGACCUUCCUCACGCUCUCCGACGAAGACCUGAAAGAGGUGGGCGUGUCCACCUUCGGGGCCCGGCGGAAGAUGCUGCUUGCCAUUUCAGAGCUCAAUAAGACCAAGCGCAAACUGCUGGACCAGCCCACCCCCACCGUGAAGCCGGGCUACCUGGAGGGCGGGGCAAGCGGGCGCCUGCCGCGAAUCACGGCCGUGGACGGGGCGCAGAGCGGCUGCUGGUGACACCUGCUGCAGCCAAUCGCCGUCAGCCUGCGUCAAUCACAACCAGGGGCUCGGCCAAUCAGCGGCUCGGCCAAUCAGCGGCUCGGCCAAUCAGCGGCUCGGCCAAUCAGCGGCGCGCCAACGGUCGUUAGAGGCUUCUCCUACCCAUAAACCUCUGCUGUCGCCGUGCCCUCCGUUCGCCGGUUCCAUCCGGUUCUCGCAAGCCUCCGUUACCCACAAUCCUCAUGCUGCAGGCAGCGCGCUCUCUGCCCCUCCGAGGCUGCUCGCUCGUGUCUGGGAGGGUGGAGGUGGACGUGGAGGUGCUUCAUCGUCUC